CCGAGAAGAUGCGAAGCGACAGUAGAGAGCGAGCAGAGGAAGGAAAUGGGAACCACAAGCUGCCUUCCUCUUCAGCCGGGGACCGCCGUGGUGGCGUCGAGCACUCACAGAUGAGCGGAGGACAGGCGCCGGUGGAGCACUGAACACCAGCUGGCAGGGGGGUCUUUUAACGGAGAGGACUGCCACGUUAAGCAUCCUGCCCAGUCUGUGGUGGUCCAAGCUUUCCUGAGCUGCCGGGUGGCACACAGCAGAGGAAGACAACGCCAGGUGGCCGGACGGGUGAGGCCGAGGAGUUGCCCGACACAACAAGGACGCAUGAACGUCUGCAUCACCCACCCGGAAGCUGGCGGGGGUCGGCAGCACUGAGGGGCUCUUGAGUAAAUGAGCAGGGCGUUUCAAAGGACAAGCCCCCCAGACCAAAUCCAGGAGAGUGAAUGCAGCCCUUUCUCCUGCGUCUCCACCCGUCUUUCGCAGAGACCCUCAGGGGACCCUUCAGAGCCGCUUGAUUUUUCCAGAAAGAAUUCUCCCUUUGACUGCACUUGGAAGCAAUGCCAGGAGCGUGGCCACCUGCUGGAAGGCGGGGGAAGCGCAGCAGCUAGUUCUGGCCCGUCCCGGCCCCCCUGUAUGCCCGCCGCUGCCGCCGCCGCCAUGAGCAGAGCGACCUCGGCCAGCAUCUGGUCACAUGGCUGAAGUGGCGCUGGCACCGCCGACAGCUUCUGUUCCGCACAGAGGUGCCCCUUUGCUCCGAUUCUUGGACUGACUAAGACGAGCGCAUGUCCUGCCUGAGGCGCCAGGCCGUGUCUAUCCCGAUGGACACCGUCAAGAUCAUCCAGUCAGAGAAGUUCCCCCACGAGUGUCCCGCCCCGCAGCCGCGCUACAGCGCCCCACCCUGCCGGGAGCCCCCCCGGCUGGCCUGGCCGGCCGAGUCCGAGGUGAUCGCCAACCAAGCCUGCGGAGAGCUGCCCAUGGAGGGGGGCGGCGGGCGGGUGCCUCCCCCGCCGUCCCGCCGGGAGAGGGGCGGCUACCUGAGCCAGCGCAAGAGCAGCGCGGCCGAGCUCUGCUACCACAACCAGUUCCAGUGCAAGGUGGCGGCGGAGGACGUCAUCGUCAACCAGUACGUGCUGCGCCCGGCCGCCCCCUCCGAGCCCCUGGAGUGCCCGACCUGCGGCCACACGUACAACUUCACGGGCAAGCGGCCGCGCAUCCUGUCCUGUCUGCACUCGGUGUGCGAGGAGUGCCUGCAGAUCCUGUACGAGUCCUGCCCCAAGUACAAGUUCAUCUCCUGCCCGACAUGCCGCCGCGAGACCGUCCUCUUCACCGACUACGGCCUGGCUGCGCUGGCCGUCAACACCAGCAUCCUCAACCGCCUGCCAGCCGAGGGCGGCCUGGUGCCCUCCAACCCGGUGCAGUGGGGGGGGGAGACUGACCACAGCUGCUACCAGACGGUGCGCCAGUACUGCCAGUCGGCCUGCACCUGUCAGCUCAGAAACCCGCUGUCUUCCUGCGCCAUCAUGUAGCCGCCCGCCCGCCCGCCCGCCAACGGACCCUCAAACAGAGCUCUAUAUUUCAGAUAUUCUAUGGCAAGAGAGAGGAAAAAAAAAAGGGAAAUUCCAAUAAAUGUAUUUUAUC